AGAGUUUAGUUUUAACCAAAUUGUUAAAUACCAAUCCAAAAUAAGACAGCAAUCUCCAAGCCAUCCUCAUGAAGCUAUAAGAACUCAAAUUCUUUAACUAUUUUAUCGAAAGAUUUCUGAAAGGCACCCAAAAAGAGACUCUACUCAAUUUAUGUGGCAGAUUCAAAAUGGAGCAUCACAAAGGAGCGUCAUUGUUAUUUUAAGAAGGGGAUAAAUCAAAUGAUAAACUUUAUAUUAUAUUCAGAGGUUCUGUUGGUCUAUUUAGAGCAAAGAAAUUUGAUACCUUCCAACAACAGACACCUCAACACGUCUAACCGGCUUAACCAAUGCAACAACUUCUAGAGAAAGUUUCCAGCAAUCUCAAAGAACUUAAUAAACAACCAAUUUCAAAACCUAACUUUAUGAAGAGUUUAGCAAAUUCAAAAAGAUUCGCCAAUAAAUUAAUGAGCACUUUGACACAAUACACGACCAAAGAGGAUCAAUUAAUAUCUUAAUAGGAAAUGUCCCUUUUAAAUGAAAAAUACGGAGAUACUGUUCGAAUUUUAGGUUAAGGGGAUGGUUUUGGAGAAGUGGCAAUAAUUGAAGGCACUCCAAGAGGACUCACAGCUUGUGCAGUAUCUCAAGAUUGUUUUUUAUUAAUCUUGAAAAAAGAAGAUUUCGAUAUUGUUAAGCAAUAAUUUGUUUAAUCUAUUAAAGAGAAAAAGAAUCUGAUCUACACUAAAUUUGAAGUUAAAGAUGCCUAUUCUACUGCUCUAUCUAAUUCAUUAGCUUAUAGUUUUGAUGUUGAAUCAUUCUAACACAAUGCAAUUUUGGCUGUUGAAGGAAUGUAAUAGAAGGUAUUUUAUUUGAUUGCUUCUGGUGAUAUUUUAUUAGAAAAAUAUAUUGGGAAUAAAAAUAUUAAGAUAUGUAUUUUGACUAAAGGAUAGUUUGUUGCUGAAGAGAUUGUUGUGAAUCAAGAUAGUGUGUGUGAAUACAGUGCUAGAGUGAUAUCAAAUCAUGCCACUCUUAUGAUUAUGAAUAAAAAUGAAUUCUUCCAAAAAUUCCCAGAAGAAUGCAAAUAAUAAAUAAAAAAAGAGUAUCAGAGAAAAAAACUAUUCCGUAUUUCAUUUCCUGAAGAGACACUAGAUAAAAUUGCAGAUAUCUAAAGUCCCAAAACUUCUCCAAAGUAGACCAUCAAAAUCAAGGUCAACCCUUUGUCAGUUAGAAGUCAAUAAUCAUCUUAUAGAAAUUCAUCUUGUUAAUUGGACAUCAAGGAUAUAUUAGAUAAAAAGAAAUCCAUUUAUUGCUAGAAGUAUUAGGAUAACCAAAAGAAAUGUGAAGAUAUUAUUUUGUUUACAGAAAUGUGUUACUCUCCAAAGAUUUGCCAUACUCCAAGCUACAAGAAACUAAAUAAUGUAUUAUAGAAGUCAUUUCAUCAACAUUAAUUAAAAAAGAUAAUGCGGAAGAAAUUCAAAUACAAUUCAAGCGCUGACAUACCUAUUUCAUAGUUAUCCUUAUAUGAAAGAAAUUCUAAAUAUUAACAAACCCCUUCUACUAAUCUAGCUAGCUAAGAAUUAGAGCAAUGA